AUGGACUUGGCAGAUGAGAGCCAGUGGGAUGAAACCACUUGCAACUUGGUGGCUUGUCAGCAUCCACAAUGCUGGGCUACUGUCCGCCGCAUUGAGAGGGGCCACCCUCGAAUCCUGGGCUCGUCCUGCAAAACUUCUCUGGAUGUUGACGACAAACUCCCAGUGCUCACCAUUGUAAACCUCUCAGACACCUGCUUCAAGGCCAGGAGACGUCCUCACAGUCAUUUACGAGGACUUACCUUCCCUAAGCCUCACUAUGCAUCGUCUCAGCGUUCAAAGUUUGACUUCAAAUUUCAAGGCAGGUCUCACAAGGAUUUACCUGACAAAGAUUUGAUCAACUAUCCUAAUAGACCUCCCAAAGGAAGUCACAAAUUGAAAAAGCUUCCAGUGCUAAAUUUGAAUGAGACACAAAUUCCUUGUCCUCAAGAUGUUAGCAAUAUGAUUGUAGUCUGGAUCCCAAAAGAAUCAGGGGCGAAUGUGAGUCCAGCUAAGCAGUAUGUUGCUCCAGGCCAGGAUGGAAAGAAGAAAAAAAGAAAGAUAUCUACAGUGUCAUCUGUGGUUCUCUCUAGAAAGCAGAACAGAAAAGCAAAGUUGAGCACUUCAGGGAUAACUGUGCCUCCCCCAUCCCCAGAACUAUUUUUUGAGCCACCAAAUUCAGAAUUCGUAUCUUUCUUGAACCAAUUUGACACAUUACCUCAGGAUCUCCUGAAAGAUCUUUUGUUAGAUGAAGGGGAAAGGUCGCCUUGUCUGGAAACGAAGACACAGUUGGCCACGGGGAUAAAGGAACCUCUGGGAAAGAGCCAGCCUGAGAGCGCCAUUUCUGGUCAGAUGUUUUUAUCUGUGCACCGCCUCACCCUGCAAAGACCAUCAUUGAAAUAUCCUGAAUAUUUGAAGAAAUUAUGUCUUCGGAAGCAGCAGCAGAGCCAGCAGCAGAAGUCGAAGACACCUACUAAGAAACCGGAGGCUAAAAAGAAAUCCAUGACUGAUCCAGGGAGCCAGAGCACUGUGCGUAAAUCUUUAGGUCACAGAACUCCAUCACUGGGCAGGAAAAGUGACAGCAAUCAGCAGCCGCAGAUGGAGAAUGGCCCCAUCUUGAAACAGGAUUCCACAGAGAGACCACAGACGGGCUCUGCUGAGAACGACCUGGAUUUCUUCUUCAGUGAGCAGAGUCUUGAAUUAUCCAAGACAGAAUCCACUAUCAAGGACUUUGGUACUCAGAUGGAGGAAGUGCCAGUAGCCCAAGAGGAGACUCCCAAGGACCUUUCAUCCAGUAUAUCUAGAGCAAGUAUGAUCAAAAUACUGAGGAUUUUCCAGUCUGCUGACGAUGCGGCUGCGGAGAACAAACUCUCUGGGUUACAGAGUAAAGAGUCUCCAAAGACAUAG